AUGAAGCAAGCAGAGCCCACGGGCACUGCCAUCAGACGAUUUUAUGUGGGCCACAGCAGUGAACUAGCCCUUUGUGUCAGCUGUUUCAGUCAUGAGGGGCAGGCGACAACUGGGUCGGCAGCUAGUGGGGUUAACAGCUCCUGGGUAUUGACUGUGAGUUUAACUCUCAGUCACAAGCCUUUUCUCCAGGGACUGACAGAAAGGCCAGUGAUGUUGACGCUUGAGUGGGAAAUGGGAUAUGAGGCCUAUCUGGUCUUUGUAAAUGGCUACAGGAAUAUGCAGCUUGCAAAUACAGGAGAAUGCAUAGACGGGGCGUUGUCUGGGCAUCCGGGUGAAGUUCUAAUAAGGUGUAAUAAUGUUCUUUGUAUCAGAGGUAUUGAAGAAGAGGAGGAAGAUGAGGGGAUUCACGUAUAUUUCUAUACAAUAAAGUUUUCUCUAAUCUGCUUUGUGUUGUUGAUUGAAAACAUCCCUUUUCAGGAUGGAGAUUGAACUUGGAGAUGAAUAUCUCCCCUAAACAUGGAGCUUUUCAUGGGAUAGAGAAGACUUGGUCCUGAAAAAUCUAAGUUGCAUCAAGUUUUUCUUAAACUACCCAUGCAUAUGUACACACAUACAUGUUGGCAUAUAGAUCAAAUCAUGUCGUGAUGUAAUGACUUUGGCAAUGAUAGUUUAUAUUUUGUGACCACUGGAGUCAGUU